CCUGCGGGACAAGUUGAGUUAAGAACCGGUUUCGGUCCGAACGGAAGCUCGUAUCGGUGGUGCGCUGUACAGUUAUAGUCGCCUGCAAUCUACCUGAUGGGUGGUGGCAGCUAAUCUGAAAGGGACUACUCCACUAUCCGCUGGUCGCUCCGUGCUGUUGUUGUAGCGAUUACUUGUUGUUGCCAGCCGUCUGGGGUGGUACGGGGUUGCCGUUCUUGCUGCUGCUGUUGUUGAUUUCUUGGGAAAAACUGUGAAAACAGCGGUGAGGGGUCGUAUUGGUUUAUCUUUGUACAAACUAUCCUCCGUUUUUCGGGCAGUGUGCUUUCAACCACGGUAGCCACGUCCAGAAUAUUGCGGUUGUGGCGGCGUCGUGUGUUUGUGCAAAUUUCGGUGGUUCAGAUUUCAUCUCGGAUAUCUAUUUUCCGGAAGGGUUUCUUUUUUUAUAAUGGAGCACUGAAGCAUUUGGAGUGGGUCCGUGUCUCAAGUGGUCAUCGUCAUCGUCGGCAGAUGUUGUGCAGUAUGGGGCCAUUUCGCGUGAAGUGAGCAUUCUGUUGGAUCGAAUUUGUUGGAUGAAGUGAAAAGUGCACAGUUUAAUAAAGUGGAAAAUCGGAAAAUUGCGAGCAUCUUGAUGGUGUGUCAGUCCGGCUAAGAAGGGCCGUGUCGUGUGUGAACCAGGAGACCGAGGAAGAGAAAGGUGAUUUUUCAUAUUUUCUGCUCUUGUGUACCCUUCCCUGCUGCAACGACAUUCGCUCUCAGGAAGAUAUCGACGCGGGUGCAUCUGCUGGAGAUUUCCCUGACAAGAAAAACACGCUGCGGGUGCUCCACGAGCGAGUGGAAGUAAAGUAACGAAAUCAAACCCAGUCAAGUGAAAAUUUAUUAGGAGUGGAUAAAACAGCAUGGAUUUGAGGAGCAUAUGAAGAACGGGCGGAUUCAACCUUGGUAAUAACCCUCAUUUGUGGACCACUUCAGCGAGUGAUGUUUCCACUGUUGCCUGGACCACUCGAGUGGAAAAGUUUUAUGGCCCGAGGAAAAUAGAGUGACCCAAUCGUAGAAGGAAGGAAAAACAACUCAUAUUGACAGAGGGAGUUCUGAAUCAGCUCGUUACAUAUUGAGGAUACGUUUUGGAAGCACUAAUAUUGCCAUCAUCAGGACUCUGACGUCAAGGUGGCAAAGCUUUCUGGUUCGCAAUUUUGGACCUUCGGAAAUACUGUGCUCCACACAAACCUGGACUGGACCAACGAUUUUGUUCUCCACAGGGGGAGCAGGAGUUCGCGGCGCACGUGAGGCGUGAUAAUCUUUCCGCCGGGAUCCUACUAUAGAGUAAAAAAAAACAUCCGCACACCUCGGGUUUGUAUUUCUAUACCGGAUACGCGCCAGAUGUGGUCGGAGUUUGUGAUUUGUUGGAAUUUUGUGCGGUGAUUGCAAAAAGUUAAACAACUGUCCGGUGAGUGACUGCCGGAGAAAUCACGUUCCCACACCAAUAAUACAGAGGAGCUGCUGCCGCCAAUCACGUGGAAAAAACGAAACACAGUUCGUGAGGUGAAAAGUUGUGAAUAGGAUUGGAAGUAGAACAGUGAUUACAUCAGGACGGGUCAAUUUCAUAAAUAAAUCAAAAAAUAUUUGUUAGGACGACGUCGCAGAACAGUGAAGGAAUAAAUCCGAGCAGCAUGACUGCGAACGGAAUGGCAAUGAUUGGAGUAUCAACAAGUUGGAGACGCUUCCUCGUGGAUUAAAUGGGACGAUGCCCAUCGUAGUGCACUCUAGUAAAAAUUCUACACUCAAAGCACGGUGAUGAGUCAUUUUCGCCAUCAGCACCAUCACCGGAAUCAUUGCUGUCACUUUCCCCGGCCCGGGCCAUGGCUGAUUGCGCUCACUGUCCUACAGCUCACAUUCCACCUCUGCUCUGGGCACGCUUUCGAACAGCAGCAGCUCAUUCAAGCCGACUCCUCUGAUGUGGAAUUUACCACUGCCGUCGCGGCCGCCGGAUCGGUCACGCUCCCACCGUGUGAGCCCAAAGUGCUGGAAGAACUGCCACCCGAUCCAUUCUACGAUGUGUCCGACUUGACCAUCCAGGCGGCCAAGUCGUUUGCCGAUUUCCUAGCCGCCAAGCGGAUCGAUACCAGCAAAGAUGACCAGAAGCUGGGCGUGGCCCGCGAGAAAGCCAACGAACUGGCCAGCUUUGUGCUCAAGGAGGACACGGGCCUGCUGGCCGUUGGCAUCGCAUCGCCGCGGCUUCCGCUGGCAGUGGUGCAAUUUCGGGACAAAAUCGACGCCGCCCAUGCAAAUCUGUCAGAGAGUAGAACUUUCCUGUCCACCUACUGGCGCGAACUGGGCGCGGCAUGGAACCAGAGCAACGGGGCCCAGUUUUGGGGAGCGCCCUUCCGGGACUGUGGGCCCCUCUACGGGCGAUGGUUGUGGCCUUUCAGCGUGACGGUCGAGUCGCAAGGAUACAAAAUCGUCGCAUCGGCGUUCAUAGCGGCCGACGUGGACCAGUGCAACGAUGCCCUGGAAGGGAUCUUUGGCCGGCGGCACAUCUGCGAUCGGGAGUCAACCUUUUGUUUGAUGUCAGACACGACGGAAUCGAUCGAUUCCGGCACUUCCUUGGCCAGCCGAGGGAAGUACACCUGCGUGUGCCGCGUCGGGUACUACAUUCCGAACGAAUCCUUCCAGGGGUUCACUUCCGACAAGAACGAUGCCAAUGUUACUAACUUCAGUUGCAUUCCGUGUCCGAGCGCGUGCGAGUGCAAUUGGGCCGGCAGCUGUAGCCGUCCGGAUGAGGACUUCAGUACGGAAACGCUGAUGAAGGCCACCAUUGGUGCUAUUUUGGGAGCGUGUAUGCUUUGUUGUUUAGUGUUAGCGUUAAUAGUGUUCCGUCAACGAAAGUGCAAGACCAUUGCUACGGGGAUGUGGACCAUUUUAGAAACGAUUUUAUUCGGCAUUUUACUUUUGUAUCUAGCGGUUGCCCUUCACUUCUUGCAAGCGUCGACGUUGCGCUGCCUGCUGGAGCCCUGGUGCCGCGAGCUGGGCUUCAUAAUAUGUUACGGUGCAAUCGUGCUCAAACUAUACCGCCACCUGGUGGAAUUUCGCACCAGGAAAGCUCAUCGUUGGGUUGUGAGAGAUUUAGAUCUGUUGCGCUAUUUGUGCGCAAUGUGCGUGGCGGUUUUGUGCUAUCUGGCCGCUUUUACCGCCACCAGCAUGGACUUCCUGCGGUACAGCGAGUUGGUGUGGAAGGUGGAGAACACCGAUGACCAAGUCACGUCCAACAUGUGCCGACCGCUCAAGUGGGACUACGUGACCGAGGCCGGCGAACUACUCAUACUCGGCUUCGGACUGCAGCUUGCCAUCGCCAGCCGCAAUGCAAACACACAAUUUCGGGAACGUCAGUUCCUCGUCGCAUCUAUCCUAAUCGAAUUCCUCGCAUCAUCCACAUUCUACAUUCUACGGUUUUGGUAUUUGGAAGAAUUUAAUCCGUCGACCCUAUUCCUAGCACUGUUCAUUCGAUCGCAGCUGACCAACACAGUCACUCUAGCACUGAUAUUCCUGCCUAAACUCUGGUACCAGCAUAAACAGGUUCGUUCCCUUGCCCAUGAAGUAUCAUUCCGCUUACCUGUGGAUGCUUUCAAGGGCGCACACGACAGUUCCCACCAUGGCGGCGGCCUCGGCACCUACGCCGGUAUCUGCGUCGGCGAUCCGGAAGUCGGCGACGUCACCAUCUCCGAGAUGAGCCCCGAGGACAUCCGCGCCGAACUGAAAAGACUGUACACACAACUAGAAUAUUUAAAGAAUAAGACACUCCGACAAGACAAUCCACAUAUUAGCAAACGAAGGGGAGGACGCAAGGUGGCACAUCGUAGAUUUUCGUUACAGAAAAAAGGAAGCAGAGAAAAGGCACUAAGCGCCAAACAUCGCAACAAUCGUCCAGCGGUCAGCGAAGUGGAAGUGACCGAAGCGGAACCGUCCCGCACACCGGAGGACUCGGUGUGCAGCGUUGAGGGCCCAACCGACACCGGAACAAUGACCGGAGCGGAGAUUUCGGGCAUCUCCUACUCGAAAUAGCCAUCAACCACGACCACUAGUAGCAGCAGCAACAACCACCAUCACCACCAGAACCAUCGCAGCAAAAGCCAUUCCCAUCAUCAACAGCAGCAGGCGUCGUCGUCGCAUAAAUCGCGCUACCGAGAGUACAAUUUUUAAUGCAGAAACAGAUCAGUUUGUAGAAGGAACACACAAAUUUUGCUUACAGGAUGAAAGGAAAGUGGGUUAGGUCUAUGAGAUUAUUUCGGUUAUAGAGUUGCUUUGUGGUAGAAUGCCAUGACAGGAGCAAGUGUACCUAAUUAAUCAUGCUCUAAUGGUGCCUCGCGGUAUGUUGAAGAAUGAGAGUCAUUUUGGUGGAUCGAUGUGGAGACGCAUGGUGCGUCUUUCAUUGUUGAACAGACUCAUCCUUUGUAGUUAUUCUUUGAGCGAUGUUUCAUUCUGCAUGGAUGAAUACCUACUUAUUUAGUGCAUUCAUACCAAUUACCGAAUAAAAACGUAUUAAUUAAUCUAGAGUCUAUAUUUGACCUGGAUUACCUUACGCAUCUCAGCUCGAAUCACACAGCUACCGUUCUACAAUAGAGCUAUCGAAUCCCUGAGGCCCCUGAUUCGGAUUUCAAAACGAAAACUAGGGAAACUGUUCCAUUUCCAUCUCACUGAACAUAUGUUCAUCUCAUCGCAAAACAUGCUUACAUGCAUGCUAACUGUUGAGAAAAAAAAUACAAAAAUAAACAAAUCAAAUUCCUUUUCAUUGCUUCGUUUUCGAUGGAAUGAACAUGGGAGUUAUGACAUGAAGUGCCGAACAAUUCCCCUACAUAGAAGGCAUAUUCGACACAAACGAAAAUGAUUAUCUUUGGUUAAAAAACCACGGAAUACCACAACGCCAUAGUUUUGGUGACUUUUACUUUACAAAUAAAGCGCUUGCAAACAAAGGAAAUGCCAGAAAAGCGCAUUCAGGAUGUUUUCUAAUCUGGGAACAUUUUCGGUACAAGGGAGAUUGUAAUUUUUCUACUCACAAUGCGAAUAAUUUCCUUCUUGUUUACUAUGUACCUGAUAUCAACUAGGGGAACGGUUCGGCACUUUACCCCAUAGCUUCUAUUUCCAUCUCAUCAAAAACAAAGCAAAGAAAAGGAAUUUGGUUUGUUUCUUAUUUUUGUGAUUUUUUUUCACCAGUGAGCACGCGUGUUAGUAAAACGAAGCGACGAGAUUGGUGAUGUAUUUCUUUGUUUUGCGAUGAGAUGAAUAUAUGUUCAGUGAGAUGGAACACGGAACAGUUCCCCUAUAUAAAUAAGUACAAUAUCAUCCGGAAAACGAUAUUAAAUUUGAUAUGCCUAUCAAAAAUGUUGGGACAACAAACUGCUGAACAAUUUAUCACAAGUCAGUCCGGUCGCAAUCAGUCCACAUGACAAACUUCUUAUCGUUGUCAGCCGCUUUCGAAUGGAAACAGAAAACCACUCCAUCUGUCUACAAGUCGCAACAUCCUAUUUCUCACUCCAAGAUAACAUUCCAAUAAAAAGAAAGAAAAUCCAAAGUUUUGCAUUCGACCAACUGAACGGCAGGCAAUGGGAGGGAAAGAGCAAAGAAUGCGUUCCCCGCCAACAAAGUCAAACAAUACCCGAAGAAACAAAUCUCAUUUCAUUCAGUUUUGUUAUUUACAUAGCAGAGAGAAAAAUCGCAUUCGACUCGCUAGUUGUAGUCCUGAUUGAAGUUGCCAUUCUUGGCGGGUGUGUUUCUGCAUUUCUUGGGAAGUUGAUAGCGAUGAAAUCGCUUUCACGACGUCUUGCGUUCCUCCGACGGCAUCCGUCGUCGUCAUCGUGCAGAUGAAACUGUCACCAAAUUCGGAAACGUGCAAGCAAAUACUUCUACCCGUCGCUUGCAUUGGGGUGGUUGAACGUGACGACGCUGGGCAUCCGGAAGAGGGCGGUCACGAUGUUAAGGGGCGGAAUGAGCGGCAACCAGCAGAUGGCGGCGAUGAUGGCGUAAAACUUGCCCUUCUCUUCUCGGCACUACUUUUCGAAUUUUUAUGAUGAUGCAUUGUCGUUGUGUCGGACAUAACAUAGUGUACCUUACACAUCUCAACACCUGUAAAAUCGGCGAAGAGUAAGUUUUCCGAAGAAGGAAGUAUGAACAAAAGUUCGAUAAGCAUACUUUGUGUAAGUUGUGGCACAUGUGCACGCGAUUUACGUGGAAAUGUAAAUGGCUUUCUGUUACGAACCAAUUUAAAAAUUUAAAAAUAAUUUUGUAUCAUUGUGAUUGGAAAAUAUAAAAGAAGGGGUUUUCUCAGAGCCCUUAUAAACUUAUUCUACGUAAAACAAAGCAAUGGAAAUUAAUUUGAUAUGUUUUUUGUAGUGAUUGACGGCGUACACUAAGCAAAAAGAACCUACAAGACGAGAUAAGAAGAACUUGUUUCACUAAAUAUUUAUUGAGGUGCCCAUCAUCUCACACUCGUUCGUUAGAUGGUUCACGUUUAUGUCCCUACACAUGUCAGGCUGUAGUACAUGGUCCUUAACCGAACGGUUUAACAUCCCAAAAAACUUCCGUGCGUUAUUAGUGCGGUACAGUUGAUCCAUCACUUCCCGGUCACGAUCCUCCACUGGCGCUUUUUCCUUUGGAAAAUAGAGUUUUGUCUGUUCCGUGUCUAUUUGAAUCAUGUCUCGUUUUCACUCGUGCGGGGUUGCAGCAAUCUCUUCUCCUCCACUAACUGCUCGCAUUCGCCGUCAUACCAGUCGUCUCACUUAAUCGGUGCCAUCAUGCCUAGUGCGUGGUUACGAUGCUACCAAUAUUUGAUCGAAUAUCCAAUAUUCACAUGGUUUCUAUCCGAAAAGGCAGCACAAAUGUUCCACAUAGGCCAUCGCAACUCAUAUGUGACCAGAUUUAGUCACAAUCAAAUUGUUGUCCAACUUGUGUUGCUUGGGAAGGAAGCUUCCGAUUCUCUUGGUAGGAGGCUUUCGACCCUCUUGAAAGGAUGCUUCCGAGUCUCUCGAAAGAAGGCUUCUGAGAUUCUUGAAAGAGGUCUCUGAACCAUUUAGAAGGGGCCUCUAAGGCUCUUGAAUGGAGGCCUCAGAGCCAGAGCCUCAGAAGGCUCUUGAUAUUCUUCAAAAGAAGCUUCUUAGCCUUUUGAAAGUAGGCUUUUGAUUCUCUUGAAGAAGGUGUCUGAUAAUCUUGAAAGGAAACUUUUGAUCAUCUUGAAGAAGGUUCCUGAUAAUCUUAAAUGGAGACUUCCAAGCCUUUUAAGAAAAGGCGUACGAGUCAUUAAAAAGAAAGCUUCCGAGCUUUUUAAAAGGAGUUUCCGAGCUUCUUGUAAGAAGGCUUCUGAGACUCUUGAAAGGUAGGCUGACCAUACGUACCGUAUUUAACGGGACAGUCCCGUUUUUUAGACCUUAUUGGGCUGUCCCGUCAUAAUCUAAAAAAUUCUCAAUUUGUCCCGUUUUUUCAUUGAUUCUGCCAAAAAGCUCCAAAAUGGAAUUAAAAUUUGGCCAAUUUCAUUAGUGGAUUGAACGAAACCGGUAACUCGGUAGGUAAGUAUAUCCUGAAAAUCAGGUUACGCUUCAACUUCAAUAAAACGAAGCGCAGGGACAGACAUUCUAAUUUCCAGAUUAAGUUCAUUUUCAUUUUUUUUAAAUCUUGCAAAGAAGGUUGAUUCUAUUUUUGCCUUUCUCGUACACUAAGUGUACGUAAAGGCUAUAAUAUUGCUUCAAAACCCGGGCCGAUUUUUAUAUACCGAUCGACUCAGCUCGACGAAUUGAGGUGAUGUCUGUAUGUGUGUAUGUAUGUAUGUAUGUGUGUGUAUGUGUGUAUGUGUACAAACUUUGUAGACACACUUUUUGGAACUUAGCAUUAUCCGAUUUACUCGCAACAAGUUGCAUUCGACGGGGAAUGCUAUUGAAAAUUGGCUCGAUCGGACAUUGCAUUUAGGAAUUAUUAAAAAAUCAUUGUUUUUUCCCAAGGGUCCCCCCUUGGAAAAAAAUUCAAAACCGGAAAAAAAAUGGUGGCAAUACAUUUUAACUUAGCAAAAACAUGCAAAAUGAUCGAAAACAUGUGAUCUAUUCUCCUAAAGAGCUUUUUUGACCUUUCUAAUGUGAUUCUUUCAAUAUAUUUUAUAAUUCACAAGAAAGGCAUCAUCACUGCAAGGUGGAUUAAUCUGGGUUUUUUUAAUCUGCUUCACCAGAUAUUUUUCAAUCGUUUGAUUAUUUCGAAACAUUAAGAAUCAUUCAAAGUCUUUCUGAAUAAUUCAGAAUAUUUCGAAUUCAUCAUAAAAACGACGGUACUAAAAAAUAAUAAUUUUUUUCCAAGUUCGUUUAUUUGGUAGGCUCAGGCGUGUAUAACACUUUACGGAGCUACGUUUCUUUGUGAUAUGUACAAUCGACAUAAUCUUAUUAUUAAAUUAGUAAGAGAGGGAAAUAAGCCAACGUACUCGUGGUGACUCGAGGUUAGGUUUACAAUGUUUAAAAAUAAUAAUUUACAAAUCAGCUGAACAAAAUCGAGUUUAGGGCAGUUUCAAACGAAGUGAAAAUUUGGUCGGACUUCGGCCAUCACGUACUUUAAGGCUAGUUAACAGUCCAGGAGCUUCCAUAUGUGUGGACCUUUUUGGAAGCACAUGUGGUCGGGGUUCAGCCAAACCGCACCAAGCGGCUUUUUGACUGACUUUUGAUAUUUUGUUCGCAAUAGGAAAACGGAAAAUAUUUUAUGUCAAAUCAUGCGUACAGUUGUUGUAGGAUAUCUUCAGUUAUGGUGUUGUACGAUGUCCGAUGUGAUUUGUGAUUAAUUGAAUCUGUUAUACAAAAACUUUGGCGAAAAAGCUGAGAAUUUUGUAUUGGCGCUUGGUGUGAUUUGGCAGAACCCCGACCAUGUGAGAGAAGUGAGGCUACUUUUAGCGUCAUUUAAAUCAAUUUCGAAAAAAAGGACUGUGAAUUGAUUAGAUUUGAUGUUUAUUCACAUGCGCCAAUCACAUUCAUGGAAAUAAUUAAAAUUAUUUUUUAUUAAUGUUCUUUCCUUGUUGAGAUUCUUGUUAUUUUUAUCCGCAGAUGUUCCCUCACUUAUAUUCAUGGAAAAGUAAUUUGGCAUGGGAAAUCAAUAAUCCCACCCUUUUUGACAUUUUUUUAAAUUGGUUUUCUUUAUCUCUCUAAUGCCCAAACCGGCUUGAAAGGCUAGUUUACAAUGCGGAAAACGUGUCACAGGAUUUGAUUCGCCAUGUAUUUUUAAAGAGGCGGGAUCUACGGGAUUUUAGCUACGAAAACGCAACCCCCCCUUGAUGCAUGGGGAUCAACUCCCAUGACACGUUUUCCGAACUGUAAACCAACCUUCAGGAAGGAUACUUUGACUAUUUUUUGUUAUUUUCAAUAGUUUAAAAUUGGAAAAAAAAAUUAUAUUGGUCUGUAAUAAAAUCCUUACCUAGAUCUUAAUGCAUGUUUAAUAGUGGAGUAAAACAAAAUUUCAAAAUUCCAAAUUUGUUUUAAAAAAUGCGUAAUUUUUUGUUCCUUAGUGUUUUUGUCCGCGCCCUUUUGUAGUUUAGUAUUUUUCCACAACUAACUUAAUACUUAGAAGGUUAGCUAAGGUACUUAAAAGAAGGUUAUGGUAAUGAAAAAUUCAUUCUUAAACUUUUCUCUAACUCCUUACACGGAAAAUGAAAAUUAAGCCCAUAAAUAUUGAAAAUUCCGAAGCUCUUGAAUUUUGUCACAAGUUUUUUGACAUGUCCCUUUUUGCAAGUGCGUUUGUCCCAUUUUUCUAUCAAAAUGAUCUGGUCAGCCUAUUGAAAGGAGGUCUCUAAGGCUCCUGAAAAGAGGGUUUCGAGCCUCUUAAAAGGAGGUUUCAGAGCUUCUUGAAAGGAUGCUUUCGAGCCUCUUGAGAGGAUGCUUUUGAGCCUCUUGAAAGGAGGCUUUCGAGCCGUUUGAAGGUUCCGGGUCUCUUGAAAUUAAGCUUCUGAACCUUUUGAAAAGGGGUUUCCGAGCCUUUUGGAAGAAGGUUUCCGAGCCUCUUGAAAAGUGGCUUCCGAACUUUCUGAAAGGGGCUUCUGAGACUCUUGAAAGAAGGCUUCCGAGUUUCAUGAAAGAGUCUCUGCACAAUUUGGAAGGGGUCUCUUAAAGAUCUUGGAAGACCUCUGAGCAUCUUUGAAGAGAAUCAUCUGAGCCUUUUGAAAAAAGGGUCUUGAUAUUCUUCAAAAGAGGCUUCGUAGCCUUUUGAAAGGAGGUUUUUGAUCCUCUUGAAGAAGUAUUCUGAGAAUUUUGAAUGAAGGUCUCUAAGGCUCUUUAAAGGAUGCUUUCGAGCCUCUUGAAAGGAGGUUUCCAAGCCUCUUGAAGGAAAGCUUUCUAGCCUCUUGAAAGGAGGCUUUCGAGCCUUUUGAAAGGAUGCUUUCGGGCCUCUUGAAAUGUGGCUUCUGAACCUUUUGAAGAGAGGUUUUUGAGUCGUUUGAAAGAAGGUUUCCGAGCCUUUUGAAGGGUGGCUUCCGAACUUCUUGAAAGGGGCUUCUGAGACUCUUGAAAGAAGGUCUCCGUCCCAUUUAGAAGGGGUCUCUAAGGAUCUUGAAAGGAAACCUCUGAGCAUCAUUGAAGAGAAGCAUCCGAGACUCCUGAAAGAAGGCUCUUGAUAUUCUUCAAAGGAGGCUUCGUCGUCAUUUGAAAGGAGGCUUUUGAUCCUCUUGAAGAAGGCUUCUGAGAAUUUUGAAUGGAGGCUUCCAAGCCUUUAAUGAAAAGACGUACGAGUCCCUUAAAAUGAGGCUUCCGAGCUUCUUGAAAGGAGUUCCCGAUCUUAUUGAAAGAAGGCUUCUGAGACUCUUGAAAGGAGGCUUUCUAGCCUCUUGGAAAAAGGUUUUUGAGCCUUUUGAAAUGAGGCUUCUGAACCUUUUGAAUAGAAGUUUCCGAGCCGAUUGGAAGAAGGUUUCCGAGCCCCGUGAAAGGUGGCUUUUGAACCGCUUGGAAGGAGGCUUCCAAGCCUCUUUAAAGGAGGCUUCUGGGCUGCUAGAAAGGAGGCUACCGAGACUUUAAAAAAAAGCUUUCGAGUCUCUUGAUAUGAGGCUUCUGAGCCUCUUGAAAAAAAAGCCAUCGAAACCUCGUGAAAGGCCUUUUGAAAGGAGGCUUCCGAAGCUCUUGAAAGGAAGCUUACGAGCCGCUGUAAAGGGGCUUUUAAGCCUCUUGCAACGGAGCUAAACUGCUUUUCGAGAAAGAGUACUUUAAGCCUUUUAAAUGGGGGCUUCUCAAUUUUUAGAUUCAAGACUUUCGAAUGCAUAUACAUUUUCGUUCGAAUGCAUAUACAUUUUCUUUUCUCGAUCAGAUAGAUUGUAUUUAAGAUUUUCAUUUUUUUUACGUAAACUACGUCUAAGGGGAAGACUCGGAUACUCGAAGGGGAAGACUGGCGACCGUCACGAAAUCAUGUAAGAUUUGUAACAUCAAUAGGUCCUUUAUCUUUCAAUGGAUUUUAAAGAUUUAUAUAUCAAUCGAUUCGCAAGCUCUCCACCAAUUUGCCAGUAGUAUUGAAACUUUUGAUUAUCAACGCUGAACUAUUGAAAAAUUUAGUUCGUUCAUGCUUCAUGCAUUGCCUAUACAGCGCGUUCCAAUCCUUGGUAAUUGCCUAGUUUUGGGGUAUUAUCAAUUAUUGAACUGAGGUGUAUAAAUGGGGUGGCACAGCUGCUAGACAGUGGGGUCCCUACUUCCUCACAGAGUGCGUGUGCGAGGUGCUGCUAAAGCUGGGUAGUAGUUUCGUUGGGAUAGUUCCUUCUCUUCUAUAUAGAGCGGAAUAAUUGGUUCAGUGUACUAUAUUUGGUUUUACGUAGUUUACAUCGAGCGGUCGUGUCUUGUAUACAUCCCCAAUUUUUUUUUCAAUUUCGUUUAUUUGCUAGGCUCAGGCGUGUAUAACACUUUACGAAGCCACGUUUCUUUGUGAUAUGUACAAUCAUUAUCAUCUUAUUAUUAAUUUAGAGGGAUAGAAGCCAACGUACUCGUGGUGACUCGAGGUUAGAUUAACAUUUUUUUGGAUGGAUGGGGCUUAGGAUUCGGGAUCAGGGAAUUACAGCAGCUCAUCCGGACAUUUGGCGUCAGGGACGGUGUGGUGUAGAUUUUCAAAUUUUAUACCUUCGCCGUUUUGUUCUUUUGGCCUUUCGUCCUACAGUCCUUCAAACAUCUUUUCGCGCCAAGGGCAAACGACAAGCCUGACUACCCAAGCAACCAGAAGUUCGGAUAAGAAGGGCUAUUUUGGCUUAAUCAGCUCUCAUUUUAAGUAAUUUUCUGUAUGGUGGGAGCGUAAAAGUGAACUUUAAAGUUCCGUUAAGGAUGCUUGGAACUUGAUGUGAACCAUAGUGAACCAAUUAGUUCGGUUAAGAGUAAAUUUAAGUAAAAUCUGAACUUCUGGUUGCUUGGGUAGGGGUCGCUCGAUAUAAAUACGAUCUCAUCAUCAGUUCUUAUCAAAUCCAACCGAAAUUUACGGACAUCUCUGACCAACCCUCUUUCUAUUAUUAACCUAUUUCCGGUUGAUAAAGUCUGUAAGCAAACCAACAAUAAUACAAACAAUUCAAUCCAAACGCAACAAUCACCCAUCAAUUAAUGUUGAAAUCACUUGCCACAGUAUUAGUAUUUUUUGCGAAAUAAAAGGCUAGCUUGUACAUAAGAUGAAAGCAUAAAUAAAGAUUUUAUGCGUGCUGAAAGAGACUUAACAUUAGAUGAUAUUUUAUUGGCAUCAUCAAUAGAAAAAAUGAGGAUGCAAUAUCCUUCAAAACUGCGCAAGACCCAUUAAACCAGUAAACUUCAAUCGAAGCUCUUUAAAAUAAAUGUUCUGUUGAACCUUAAAGCGCUUUCGUAGCCGUAAACAAACCAGGAUCCACCGUAGUUGUACAAUAUGAAUGUUCUACAAAACGCAGAAAACAAGAUAAUGAAUUGACGUCGCUUGAAACCCAACCCAAGAGCUUAGAUACUCACAAGUCACGAAUAAAUUGUAUAUUUUAGUUUUAAUCAUGAGAUAAUGACUUACAAUGAAACUAAACACGAGCCCUCUUGACAUCGAUGUAACUCAUAAAUGGAAGCACUCCUCUAUAUCUAUAAAUAUAUAUUAAUGAUAUGCUGUGGGCAAACGCUGACUUGUCACUGGAACAUUGAUUGUUUUCCUAUUGUUCCCAAAAACGAUUCAAUAUUCAAUGAUUUAACGAACUGUAGAACCGAACUAAGCAUACACAUUACUUCUAAGUGACAAUUGAAAUCAAAUCAAAAUCAUGAGAACGAAAGUAACAACUCUAUGAACACUUACGUUACUAUUUUUUGUGAUUGUGUUCGUCUUCAUUAAGUCUUUGGAUAACGAAACAACAUCCAAAAAAAGUUGUAAACAAACGCCAAAGGAGUAGACUUAAGUUGAAAAGAAAAUGAAUCGUAGAACUCCAGUACGGAAAAGGCGGUUUUUUGAGCGGCAAUUGCACGGCAAAUUUUUGUAUCAUAUAUCGCCGUGAAGGAGGGAAGAAUUACACAACCAAAGUUAGUGAUACAUAGCUAAGAAUAAAUGAAAUGAAACGAAAAUAUCCACCUAAAUUAGAGGACAAAACAACAAGAACAAACCAUUUUACAACAAACCAAGUUAUGCUAGAACUAAUUAUAGCAAAGAAAAGAAUGAACCAUAAAAAGUAGAUAAAACAUACCGAAUAUAUACAAGACCCGGGGGCCAAAAUGUCCUAGUUGUUUAUUUCUUUUGGAUUGGGGUUGGGACUUGUUCGUGCAGAACAAUGUUUAAGGAAAACCCUUGAAUAAAUUCGGAAUCACGAUGUACAAUCGAAUCGAUCAAACGUGAACGCGUGGUGCGAUCCGGCAGACGAAGAUACUGAUUGUAGUUUAGAAAAUUUUCGAAACACACCCGUUACCCAUCAUUGUUCGCAUUUCGAAAAACAAACACCGAGGAGUAAAUCAAACAGUUCGUAUGUGUGCGAGUGUUUGAGAAACACAUCGUACCCUGUUGGAGAGAUGAUGGGAUGGGAUCGGGAAAUUAUUCCGAAUAAAACCAUAGUAUUAAUGUAGGAAUGCGCUUUUAGCGAAAUAAAUAACGGAUGAUAAUAAUGCUGAACACAAAACCAAAUCUAGUAAAUAACAAUGGAUAUAAAAUCAAAUGUAGAAUAAUGGAUAUGAUGAAUAUGAAUAAAAAGAUAUAAAAUGAA